AUGACUAAUUUGUUGGACAUAGCUUUGAAUUUGGUCGAAGCCUUGGUCUGUUUAGCUGCCUUGGUACUGUUUGCUAGUUGUACCAAGUUGUGCUAUCAAUGUUAUGGCCUCGUCAUCCAAGAUAUUGAAACCCGAAGAAUGCCACCAACCCGAACGCCAACAGCCACCCAUGUCCCACACCAUCUUGUGUUGGCGAUACAGCAGGCAAACCUUGAUCGACAAGCAGGGGCUCAACCUAAAGGGUAUCUUGGUAAAAUUACGCAGGAGCAAAUAUACGACCGUAGUAAAUGCAAGAACGAUGACUGUGUGAUAUGUCUUGAGGAUUUCAAGAAGAAGGAGAAAAUCCAACUUUAG